GUUACACUGAUAUAUUGUAUAAUCGAGGAGAUACAUUUGUAGUAUUCCGAUUUGCAUGCAUAAAUAAAUUCCAAUUAAAUUAUUUUUGUUUUUCUAGACAAUUUCAUCUGAAGCUGAAUGUUGAUUAUAUUUCCUUUUCGAAUUCAAUUUUGUUACAUUGAUCGUUCUUUAUUUUUUUUCCAUAUAACUCAAAAGCGCUAUUUAUAAAUAUAUUUGUCUUCUAAUAAUAUUUACACACGUAGUAAAGUCACCUCUCCGAGUAGACAGUUUUUUUUGGGAAUAAAAAAGACCUGACUACUUUUGUUUGAUUAAAUUGAUGAAAUGAAUUCUGGGAAAAAGACAUCAGGACCGUUUCUCCGUUAGAUCGACGAAAAUAAAUCUGGGAAAAAAAUAUGCAGUACCCACUCAAAAGAGAGAAAAAAAAGAAUUUAUUUCUCAAUAAAUACUUUGUCUACUAUUAUAAAUUGAAUUCAUUUGAUCAACUUAGAAUCUGGUGGUUGAUGGCUUCAACAACAGUUUAUUUAUGGCUUUCAUUCAUGAUUAUCACACAAACAGUCGGACAAGAUAUACGAUCAGAGGAAAUGUCUUUAAUAUCUGAUGCUAAAUUUCAAUGUGUCAAUACAACUUGUUUACCAUUCAUUAGCGUUAUUACAACAGACAUUAGGAAUUGUCAAUUUGCCUGUUUGACUCAAAGUCAAUGCACAGCAGCAACUUUUCAUCGAUCAACUUCAAAUUGUGAAUUAUUUGAUAGUAUGUUGAACCAAAAUGGAAAUAUGUUGGCUGAUGUGGAUGCUACUAGUAUGAAUGUUAUUAGUGGAACACGAUUUCCACCAGGUCCGUAUAAAAUUAGAAUACAUUUAGCAGAAAAUAUAUCGCUGAGAGCUAGAAAAAUUUACUUUCUUGAAAAAUAA